AUGAAACUUGUUUAUGGAGGCGAUGAUGUGACGUUUGAUCAGGCUUAUGUUAAUGCGUUUUUCGGUACGAUCGACGCUGAACGAGACGAUGGCCUCGUCACGUCACAUCCUAUCUAUGUUCCGUUAUCUACGGCAGACGAAAUCGCUCAGUACUUUGACGUGAUCGCCUACAUGAAGUUCGAUAAGCAAGUCGUGGACCGUUGGCGUGCGACAGUCUUCGUGCAGGACGAUGACGCCCUACUGGCGUCGCACCCGAUUUAUUUCGAUUUCCAGAGCUCGGAUGCGAUUAAUCAAUACUUCGAUCGAAUCGCAUACGUCAAGGGAAGCCACGUACUACGGAUGCUAAGGAACUUUAUGGGUGCCGAUCAGUUCCAGGCUGGAAUGAGGAAAUACAUUAAGAAGUACGAACUCAGUAAUGCUAAGAUGGCAGAUUUAUGGGCAACCCUAGAAGAGACGAUGGAUGGGAAGUACGAUAUUCCUGGUAUUAUGAACACGUGGCUGACACAGAUGGGUUAUCCAGUUGUUCACGUGACCAACACCAGCUCCACAACACUCAGCCUCUCCCAGGAGAGGUUUCUGUUGAAUCCGAUGGACACAUCAAACAUCUCGGAAAGCCAAUAUCAGUACAAGUGGGAAAUUCCGUUUACAUACAAAACGUCAGAUAUAGGAGAUACUAAUGAUAUCGUCUGGAUGCCGAAAGAUGGAAGCGAAGUCGAAAUUUCAGCGAACGUAGUAGAAGAUUAUUGGAUAGUUGGUAACAUUGGCGCUCAUGGUUUUUAUCUCGUAAACUACUGGGAGGAAAACUGGAAUCGCCUGGCCGAAGUCCUUAACUCGAACCAUUACGCGAUAGAUGGCUCCACACGCAUGACAUUAAUCAACCACGCGUUUAUGCUGGCCAGGGCUUCGAAAAUAGACUACCGUAUUCCAUUUCGCAUUGCCUCUUAUCUGUCGCUGAAAGAGGAGGAGGCCGGACCGUGGAAGGUGUUUCUCCACCACAUGAGCUACAUCUCGCAGAUGCUCGCUAGAUCUGAUCACUACGCUAGCGUGCGGAAAUACAUUUUAAACAAGAUAGGACCAGUCGUGGAGAGUAUGGGCUGGUCGGAAGAAGGAAAUACUCAGAUGAGAGAUAUACGCAUUGAGCUGUUAAAUGCGGCUUUGAAAUACGGACACGGAAGUACCCAGCAACACGCCUAUAAUUUCUUCGCUAAUUGGAGGACUGCAAACAAAAGCAUUCCUGCUAACUUCCGCGGCCUAGCCUACCAAGCUGGCGCGAUGAGCGGUAAUAAUGGAGACUGGGACUACCUUUUCGAAUACGCACAGAGAACGUUAGUCGCCAGCGACCGCCACACCGUCUACGACGCCCUAGCGACCACAAAGGAGCCCUGGUUACUGCAGCGGUAUCUCAACUAUGCGCUGAACGGCACUGUGCUGAAGAAGUGGGACUUCUCCCGCGCCAUCGGUGCUCUCGGCCACGGCCUGCUCAGCCGCACGAUCAGCUUCAACUUCAUGCUGAGCAACUGGAAGACCAUCGAAGACAAAUUUGGCGGUAAUCCGUGGGCGAUGGAUAAAAUCUUACGUGAGAUUGUAAUGGGCGUGAACACGGAGGACGAGCAGAACAAGCUCAGCGACAUUCUCGGCGAGGAGUCGUCGGAGGCGGUGUCUACUCAUCGGCGGCGGCCCGAGGCCUUGACCUGGUGA